CACUGGUUCGCUGGUGUAUUUUGGUAUACAUCCAACACAUCCGCAUUUAACGCGUCGGUAAGUGACAAAUCUCAAUAAACUCCAUAGUAAAUUAAUUCCAACUGGACACUGUUGGACAUUUGGAGUUUAUAAGUCAGUGGAUUACGUGCUACUCUACAGCUAACCAUUCAGUGACAUUCAAUAGUUCACUUAUUUUAUUAAAUAAAUAAAUAUCCAGAAUGCCGGCUGCACAGAGUUCAACAAAUGUUGGAGCUGCAGGUCGCUCACCAAGCAGAGCUGUCGCACCUAGAACAAGUGGUGCUGGUACGGUGAGACAACGUAAGACAGCACCAGCAACGUCAGCUAGAAACCGCAACACUGGUACUAGCUCCGGUGGAAUGUGGAGAUUUUACACUGAUGAUUCACCUGGCAUCAAAGUUGGACCAGUUCCAGUUCUUGUGAUGUCUCUUUUGUUCAUCGCUUCGGUGUUUAUGUUACACAUCUGGGGUAAAUACACGAGAUCGUAGAGAUUUUUAACUGUUUUUACCUUCUUUUUUUCAUCGAUCAUAAAAUUAUAACCACUCAAGACUGGGCAAGGUCUAGAUGACGGCUUUGCACUGUGUGCAUAUGGAUGUUUAAUUUGUGGAUUAUAAACUUAUUACUCAAAUCCAUGGAUAUAUUAUAUUAAAUUAUUGUAAAUUAAAUAUCUUCCUAUGAUAAUUAUAUUAAAUGAUGCAUUUGUUGUGAAUAAAUGAUGACUUUUCAUGUUUAUAUUUCUAAAAUUAA